AUGGAGCAGGAUGCGGCGGUGCGGGAGGGGCUGCGGCGCAGCAACGCCCGCUUCAUGGCCUCCAUAAGCCGCAUCAUGGAACGGUAUAAUCAUCCUUUUGAAGAUGACUUACUAGUUUCCAUGGAUACUCUCACUUAUGAUACACCUGAGGGGCCAAAACGAUGGGGGCAAGUGUCAAGGAAGGAUGUUAAAAAAUGGAAGAAGGACAUAUUUAAGCAUAAUAGACGAAGUCGAAGGAAUACAGAAAUAUCCAAGCAACAGAGCAGUGAUUCUGAAGAUGAGCACUCAACAGUACACCAGGAAUCUUCUGAGAGCUCUGGUGUGGAUACAUCUGGUACAGGUGGAGAAAGUGGUGAUAUACUCUCAGUAAGAAGAAAAUUGGAGGAUAUUCAGCUCCAGGUAGAAAUUUUGGGUGUCUAAUAUGUUAAUCUAAUGAUUUUG